UGUGGCGUGUUGUGAGCCUUCUUUGGCUACUGGCUUACCACUUGUCUCUAUUGUGCGUGUAUCUUGCGAAUAGAAGGCCGGCUGGCUCUCUGCCGGGCUGCCGGCUUGGGGGGGACGAAGAGGUGAGAAGAAAUUGAAGGCAAAACGCCAACAAGCAAGAUCAUCUCGGUCAACGCCACAAGAGCAAGAUGGCCGACAUCGCAUUCAGAAGCUUGGGGAAGAUCAUCGAGGCCGCGCUCAAGAUCAAGGAGGCCGUGGAGACGGUGAAGCAUAACGACAGGGAGUGCCGCGAGAUCGAGAGGUGCGUGGCGCGAGUCAGCGCUCUCCUCGAGCGGCUUGAACAGACGACGGAGACGAUGAAGGAUCCCGCCAUGAGCGGCCCGCUCGAGGAUCUGGCUGAGAGUGUCGAGAAGGCCCUCGAGCUCGUCAGCGAGUGCCAGCAGCAGAGGCACACCUUCACCGUCCUCCGUCUCUGGUCGGCUAGCAACAUGGCCAGGGAGCUGCGCCAGGUGCAGGAAGACAUCGUGAGGAAACUGCAGCUGGGAACCUUCGCCCAUGUCACCAUUCUGCUGACGAUCAACAUUCAGUAUGCUGGUGCCCGUCGGUCGACCCCGCAUCCGCAGGAUGCAGGAGCUGGGAAGGUCUCGCAUGAUGGUCAUUCAACUGGUGAUGCAAGUCAUCCUCCACCAAUGAGAAUCAACUGCGCACUUGCUUGCACUAGCAGACCUGGAGCAGUGAGGAGCGAGAAAGAUAAGCCCAUGGUAGCAACAGUAAGCAGUGAGCUGCUGCCUGAUCCCUUGCCUGCAGGUGCUACGCAGUUCAGUUUAUCUCAAUUGAAGGCCGCUACAAAUGACUUUUCAGGUGACAAUGUGGUUGGAAGUGGUGGCUUUAGUGUCGUCUACAAGGGUGUAUUGCGCAACGGACUAGAUGUUGCAAUCAAGAAAUUGUUAAUCUCUGAUGAUUUUCCAGAGAGGCGCGUGCAUCAUGAGCUUAAUGUUGGUGCAAAGCUUCAGCACAAAAACAUAGUUAAACUUCUGGGAUAUUGCUUCGAUAACAAAGAGGACGAAAGGCUAUACCUUUUGGUCCAAGAAUACAUGCCCAAUGGGAGCUUGGGAAGGGUUAUUAAUGAUGUUUUGUUUUUUGCAGCCUCUCGACUUGAUUGGCCCUCCUGUUUCAAGAUAAUUCAGGGGAUAGCACAGGGCCUACAUUACCUACAUGAGCAACACGUUCUCUAUAUGGAUUUGAAACCAGCCAACAUCCUCUUUGAUUCAAAAAUGAAUCCUGUGAUCAUUGAUUUUGGAUUAUCUAUAGUCCUUGAUGAUGAUGAUGAUGAGAUCACUUGUGAUUCCAUAGCAGGCACAAUGGGAUAUAUUGCUCCAGAAAAAAUUACAGGAGCUAAGAUAUCGAUGAAGUCUGAUGUGUUCUCUUUUGGAGUUAUCCUCAUUGAGAUCAUUACCGGGAGGAGAGUUACACCUUCCUGUGAUCUACCGGCUUUGAGUUCAAUUGAGAUGAUCAGGGCAAUGAAAGGGUUAUUUGAUCCGGCACAGGUUAAGGACUCUCAGGUAAUGGAGAUAAACAAGUGCAUGAAGCUAGGAUUGAUGUGCACGGAGUGGGAUCCGAUUGAUCGGCCUACCAUGGCCGAGGCACUGGAAUUGCUAGAAUAAGUUGCCAGCCCCAUAGAACCACAUAUCCGGUCAGACAGAUCAAAACUGCUGUGCUGCACCGACCGUGGAUGUGGCAAUAAUUAAUUUGCUCCUAAAUUGCUUUCACUUUUGUGGCAUUCACUAAUAAGGAUUAUAGAAUACGUAUACUAGUCCAUCAACCAUCCUCCCACACAUGCUACAAGACUUAGUUUACAUAACUACUAAUCAAAAUUAUUUACUUUUUGCUCUCUCUAACAAAAUACCUGUAUAGAUACCAUGUAAUCUUUAUCCGAUUGUGGAUAAACUUAUAGAUUGCUCUAUAUGUUAA